AUGAUCAUCAAAAAAGCGCCGUGUCUGUUCGGCUCGGCGAUAGUCGCGGGAAUACUGCUCGCCGUCACCGGAAUUCUUCUUCUCAUUGGGAUUCCCAUUGAUGGAAUUGUCAAUCGACAGGUUAUUGCGCAAGACUACCUCGGCUUCACACGUGACUCAAAUGGUACAGAAAUACCGAAUCAAAUGACGGCGUCAUGGUUGAAACCACCGUAUUCAAUGAAGUUGAAUAUCUGGAUGUUCAAUGUGACAAAUGUCGACGGAAUACUCAAAAGACACGAGAAACCGAAUCUCAAAGAGAUUGGACCAUUCGUUUUUGAUGAAAUCCAAGAAAAAGUCUACCAUCGUUGGGAUGAAAAUGACACUCGAAUCUUCUAUAAAAACAAGAAAUUAUACUUUUUCAAUACGAAUUUAUCGUGUUCCGAGUGUCAGUUGUCACAGAAAAUCACCAUUCCGAAUAUCGUUUUCCAAAAAUUGGUCGACGCCGCCGACGUGACAAUUUGGGGAGUUCGCAUCAAAUUUGCCAUUGAAUCAGUGCUGAAAAUGGUGUCGGAGGCACCGUUUAUUACGGUGAAAAUCAGUGAUGCUUUGUUCGAUGGAUACGAGGAUCCGAUCGUCGAUUUGGUGUGCAAAAAUAAGAUUUUGAGUUUCCUUUGCGAGACGAAUAGUCUUCAGAGGAGAAUCGGAUUCUUCUAUGGGCAAAAUGGCACCACCGACGGCACCUAUGAAGUGGAUACGGGCGUCCCAUCUCCAUAUAAGAUCGGUCACCUCUACACGUGGAACAACAUGACAGUAAUGCCCGAAGGAACAUGGGAUACUGUAUACGCUCGAAUGGUGAAUGGAACCGAUGGACAACUAUUCAGUCCGAUGUUGAAAAGAGAACAACGGCUGACUCUUUUCGUUCCACAAAUCUGUCGAUCCGUUCAAAUGGAAUACUCACGGGAUGUGUCUGUUCAGGGAAUUCUGUCGUGGAGAUAUGUGCCACCGAAGGAUUUAUAUGAUCCGAAGAGACCAGAGAAUCAAGGAUUCUGUAAUAAGGCCGGAGUUCCCAGAUAUUUUGAGAACACUACGGUACAGAUUGAAAACUGUCUCCCCGCCGGUCUCAUCGACCUAUCCCGUUGUCAAUCCGGUAAUCCACGUGUCUAUUUAUCGAAUCCCCAUUUCUAUAAUUCUCCAAUGGAAGUAUGGCAUGCUGUCAGUGGUCUCUCCGUCCCCUCACCGACCAAUGACUUGACUUUUGUCGAUUUGGAGCCAACAGCCGGAGUGCCGACCCAAGCGAAAAGAAUUAUGCAGAUUAAUGUGGGAAUGGUCAAGGGAGACUUGAGCGUAACUGAAAACACGACAAACGUUAUCGUCCCUGUACUUUGGAUGAACGAAACCGCCGAUUUCGACGAGGGAACUCGCGAACAGCUCUCCGCAAUUUUCAACGCAAAACACUAUUCAUUCAUCGCCGGAGUCAUCAGUUUAUCACUUGGACUCAUCUGUUGGCUUGCCGUUUUUGUUGUUAUCAUCAUUUUCUCGCGCCAAGCCGACGAGGAAGACUACAGUCGUCUUGUGCUUGAUGAAGACGAAAUCGAACCCGUAGAACCUCAAGAAAAUGUGGUUUUGGCUUAA